CAUCAUCUUCUUCUUCUUCUCUCUUCUCUGUUUUCUGUUUUCUUCCCCCCACACAAUGACUAACCAAAAUGUGAUGGUUUCUGAAUCCAAACCAACUAUUGGUGUCAAGAUUACAGUCACCUUGUCCAACUCUUCUCUUUUUUCAAAGCACAUCACCAUAUCUCGAAAGAAAGUCUUGAAAAAACUUGAUAAUGAAGGAGGGCCCAAAGUCCAUGCUUGGGUUGACUCCAUGAGAGACUCUUCUCCUACUCGUGUCAAAUCCACGGCUUCUCUAUCAGAAACUGAAGAGCAAAGUUCUUGGAUUGCUCAUCAUCCAUCAGCUUUAGACAAGUUUGAGGAGAUUGUGAAUGCUUCAAAAGGGAAGAAAAUAGUCAUGUUUCUUGAUUAUGACGGUACUCUGGCGCCUAUUGUUGAAGACCCGGAUCGAGCUUUCAUGACCAACGAGAUGCGAGAAGCUGUCAGGGACGUCGCCAGAUAUUUUCCCACAGCUAUAGUGACAGGGAGAUGCAGAGAUAAGGUUUUUAGCUUUGUAAAAUUAGCCGGGCUUUACUACGCAGCAAGCCAUGGCAUGGACAUCGAAGGUCCAUCCAAAAGUCGUAAAUACAAGAAGGGUAACCAAGGAGUUCUAUUUCAACCCGCCAGUGAAUUCCUACCCAUGAUUGAUGAGGUUUACAAAGCCCUGUUAGAGAAAACAAAAUCAAUUCCAGGGGCUAAGGUUGAAAACAACAAGUUUUGUCUCUCCGUACACUUUCGCUGUGUUGAUGAAAAGAGUUGGGGUACAUUAGCCGAGGAAGUUAGAUUAGUUCUUAAUGAGUAUCCAAAGCUGAAACUAACUCAAGGAAGAAAGGUGUUAGAGAUCCGCCCAACAAUAAAAUGGGACAAAGGCAGAGCACUUGAAUUCUUGCUAGAGGCACUAGGAUAUGCUAAUUCUAAAGAUGUUGUACCAGUCUAUAUUGGCGAUGAUCGAACCGAUGAGGAUGCGUUCAAGGUUUUGCGCAAUAGAGAACAGGGGUUGGGGAUCCUUGUUUCUAAAGUUCCCAAGGAUACAAAUGCUUCCUAUUCUCUCCAAGAACCAUCCGAGGUCAAUGAGUUUUUGCGGCGUUUGGUAGAUUGGAAACGCUCGUCUCUACGGCAACAAUAAUAUGCUUGUAAACAUAGAGAUUAAGAAAUUGAUCCCACCUACCGAAGUUGGUUAAUGGUGGAUUGAUGUGUCUUUCUUGUUCAGAAAUUUUUAAUGGCUUCCUCCUCUC